AUGCACGCUCACGGCAACAGCAUCCAGAAAGUGCACAAACCGAGCAGCAGAAGCCCAGCAAUAAGCAACCAUACGAUGGCGUCCAGGCUGACCUGGUGCCCGUUGCUGGUGUGGCUUACGUUGGCCGCCAUCGUCCGGGCGGAGAACCACUGCAGCGAACAUCGGUACGAGCACUCGCUCAACACACACCAUCUGCAGUUUACGAAGGAAAUCCCCGACCGAGAGUACGGGGUGCUGCGGCAGUUUAAGAGCUUGCACUGCUGCGGUAAAGGAUACCGAAGCAUCGAAUGGUUCAAAAACAAUAAGCCCCACCCGUGGAGCAAGGACGUGUCGUCGUUCAUCGUGUACCCGGAAGCGGCCAACCAGACGAUCUACAGCCCGCGCCUGGAGGAGAACGACAUCGGCAACUACACGUGCAUUCUGCGCAACGAAACGCACGCCAUCAAGCACGAAAUCGAGCUCCGGCUACAAGAUAACAAACCGGACAACCCGAUGCCCACCUUCCGGCCGAAGGACAUGAUGGUGAGCGUGGGUGAAAGCGCUCGGUUCUACUGCGAGGCGUACGUCGGCAACCUGUACCUGCCCGAUGCGGCCAACGAGAUCGUCUGGAGCCAGAUGUUCGACGACGAUCCGCACAACGUCACCGACAGCGUCCAGGUGAACGUGACCAGAGAGGCAGGCCAAAUCAUUGGAUCGUACCUAUCGAUACCGAACAUCAAGGCACACCACUACGGCCGCUAUCGGUGCCAAAUCAUGUCCGGCAACUCGGCCCAAAAGCUCAACCUGAGCGUACUGCUCUCGCCGGUGGAAGUAACAACCAUCACGGAUUCGCAGCUGUCCGCGCUGGUGUACAUCAUGGCCACACUCCUCUUCGUGCUCGUUGUGCUCUUCGCCUGGAUCUGCCGAACGGUGCAGCAGCGUACGAGCGGCAAAAAGGAUAAUCGCUGUUCCGCUCAGUUCAUUGCCGAGCACGACAGUGUGUAA